AUGGGCCACCGAAGCUCAAAGCAGGAAAAGCCCGAUGAGUCAACGGCCGGUUCCGCCUCCAGGAUUCAUAAGCUCCGGCAGCGGCUCCACCGUCACCGUCCCCACUUCCGCCGCCACCGCCGCGGCGCGAGCGCCGAUCCCCGCCUGAGCAAGCUGCUCAAGGAGGAAGACUUCGCCGGCAUCGCUCUCCUCCGCCUUAUCGGCGCGGAGAUGAAAUUCAAGGACAAAUGGCUUGCGUGCGUUUCUCUUGGGGAACAGACGUUCCGCACCACCAUCUCCGAUCCGUUAAGUCCUGUGAAUCUGGGUUCUUGUCUGCAGGAGAAAAAGCUUCUUUUGGACAGAAAUGGGGCUCAUGUUGCGAGAAUAUCUGUAUUUGAGACAAAUAAAAUCUCCAAGAACAAUCUGAUUGGUUAUUGCGAGAUUGAUCUUUAUGAUUUUUUUACACGGGAUUCGGGUUCUGAUGUAGAAAUAUAUGAUCUAGUAGAUCCAACAUCUUCUGGUGGAAAAGUUGGCCGCAUAAGUUUGUCAUGUUCCAUUGAGGACCCACUGGAAACAGAAAAGAGUUUUGCUCGGCGUAUUUUGUCUAUAGUGGAUUACAAUGAAGACGGAUGUCUAUCAUAUGCUGAAUUCUCCAACUUAAUUGAUGCAUUCGGCAACCAAUUGGCUGCUACCAAGAAAGAGGAACUUUUCCAAGCUGCUGAUGAAAAUGGGGAUGGGGUUGUCAGCAUUGAUGAGUUGGCUAUGCUUCUAGCCAUUCAAACUGAAAAGGAUCCACUAAUUAAUUGCUGUCCCGUCUGUGGUGAAAUUCUUCAAUUGUCGGAUAAGUUGAAUGCGGUAGUUCAUUUGACUCUGUGUUUUGAUGAAGGGACUGGAAAUCAGGUGAUGACUGGAGGAUUUCUGACCGAUAAGCAGGCUUCCAAUGGGUGGAUGUUCAAAGUGAGUGAAUGGGCUCAUUUUUCAUCAUAUGAAGUAGGACUAAGGUCUGGAUCCAGUGCAUCACAUAUACUGGUUUUCGAUCGGCAUACAGGGAGACUUGUGGAGGAAAUUAUUGAUUCCAAAAUUGUUUUAUCUAUGAGGGCCAUUUAUCAAUCUAAAGUAGGACUUGGCCUCAUGGACAAAGGGGCAAAGGAACUCUUGCAAAGCAUCUCAGAAAAACAGGGCAGAAAAAUGGAUUCAACUGAAUCUGCUAAGGACAUAACAAAAUUCAUUACUUCGUUCAAGGAUCAAAUAAACUUGUCCGAAAUCAAAUACCCUUUAGAGCACUUUAAGACCUUCAACGAAUUCUUUAUAAGAGAGUUGAAACCUGGUGCGAGGCCAAUUGCCGACCUCGAGUGUGAUGACAUUGCAGUUUGUGCAGCUGAUUGCCGCUUGACGGCAUUUACUACUGUUGCUGACUCUACAAGAUUUUGGAUUAAGGGACGAAAAUUUUCUGUACAAGGUCUUUUGGGGACUGACGUAUGCUCUGAUUCCUUUAUUGAUGGAAGUCUAGUGAUAUUCCGGUUGGCUCCUCAGGACUAUCACCGAUUCCACGUUCCUGUUUCUGGAACUAUUGAGAAAUUUGUCGAGAUACCUGGAUGCUUAUACACGGUUAACCCAAUUGCAGUAAAUAGCAAGUACUGUAAUGUGUUCACUGAAAAUAAGCGUGUUGUGUCCCUGAUAUCGACAAAGGAAUUUGGAAAGGUGGCUUUUGUCUCGAUUGGUGCUACAAUGGUUGGUAGCAUCACUUUUUCUAAGAACAAAGGCGACUAUGUCAAAAAAGGAGACGAGUUUGGGUAUUUCUCAUUUGGCGGAAGCACGGUCAUCUGUGUCUUUGAGAAGGGUGCAAUCAAGAUAGAUGACGACUUGCUGGAAAACAGCUUGAGAUCACUGGAAACUUUGGUUCGUGUUGGAAUGAGAUUAGGUGUAUCCAUCAAGAAACAAUAG